AUGUCUAUCAUUUUAAACUGCUUGAUUGCAGGCGAUGGCCUUCCUGAUAUUUUCAAAGUUAAUAUUAAAAAAGAAGAGACUGUCGGCCAGCUCAUAAAGGCUAUCGAGGAAACACGAGAUGCUGGUGAAAUCAAACUGUGGAAAGUUAACAUCCCUCUAGCUUACAAUAAUAAGAAGUUAAUCACCCUUAUUAAUGACCCUAUUGCUGACGCCAGGGAGUUCGGGGGUACAAAGUUGUCCGAAAAAAUUAAGAUUAGCAGCGUAUUUAAUAAUAGUAACAUGAGUUUAGAUAUUAUCGCCGAACCGCGCGUUAGUUUCAGAUAUUGUACUAAUAAUAAAGAACUUGUCCCUGGCGAUCUCAUUAAACUCGAUGCUUGGGAGGGUAUGAUCGAAAUUAAAAAUGGAAUUCCUAGAAUUCGCUACAAUAGUGUAUAUCUUAAUUCGUUUAAAGAAUUCGUUCAAGCAUCAUAUCGUCAUCAACAACCUAACCUAUCGAAGGAAACCCUAAAGAUCUACUUGCAUGAAUCAAAGAUAACGAUCAAUUGGCAAGAAUUUCGUAAACGUGUGCUUCAUGAAAGAAAGAUUAAAAGAGAUCUUUGUAAGCUCCACGAAAAAGAACCAUUUACAAGUUUGCAGGCAAGAGAACCCAGUGAUACAGAAUAUGACAAACUUGCAGAUCAAGCAUCGAAGUUUGGUCUUAUUCGUGAAAAGUUCAUUGACUGGAUUUGUUCCAUUUCAGCGGAACUUUUAUCAACACAAACUCUCGAGUACUGGCUUCUAUCUUACGUAUCUGAAACAUCACCAGAAGAGGCCAAUUUCUGGAGUGAAAUGAUCUCACCACGUAAUUGGUUAUUAUUGUGUUUUGAGAUUAAUAUAGAAACAGCCAUUGCUAUUGUUAAUGGAGUUUCGGAAAACUAUCUUGGACAACAAACACCUAGGUACUGGGUUGAGGACUGGAUUAAACAGCUUGCUAACAAACCUUCAUCUGAAUUUAAAAACUUCAUUAAUAAUGCAAAUGCGAAUGAACUUACUUUUUAUGAACAUGAAUUAUACCCAACACCAAUUCUUGUUGUCAAUCCCUAUAAAAAUUCCACAUCCUUAAAAUGUUCUAGUUUUAUGGUUAAAAUAUUCUUAUACAGUGAUAAUAUUCUUAAAAUAUACUAA